GAUUAUCAGACGUCUCUCUCUUUCCCAUCAACCCUGAAGGCGUCAUUGGUGACGUCAUCGACACAACAUGGCGUCGUGUGGAAGAAGGCUAAGUUGUUGUUGCUGCGGUCUGUGGACUUUUUACUUUUCUUUUUGCUUUUCUUUGCUCUUUGCUCAUGCCACGACUGCUGGGACGGACAACUGCGACAACCUGAGACUUGGACAAUAUUUGUGCAAAGAUCCGAAGAUAGACGAAAACACUCAGGAGCCUGAAAACUGCCGAGACGCCACAGCUUGGGUGGAAUGUCUCCCAGCUCCAAACGUCACUUGUCGACUAUCCAAUGGUUCAGAGUUCAGGUUCAGUGGGGAUGAGGUGGGCUUUAAUAAAAGCAUUCCCUGCAGGAACGUGAGUGGAUACUCUUACAAGGUGGCGGUGGCGUUGUCUCUCUUCCUGGGCUGGCUGGGCGCCGACCGCUUCUACCUGGGCUACCCGGCACUUGGGCUGCUGAAGUUCUGCACGGUGGGGUUCUGCGGCAUCGGAACGCUCAUAGACUUCAUCUUGAUCACCAUGCAGAUCGUAGGUCCAUCGGACGGCUCCGACUACAUUGUCGACUAUUACGGCGCACGCCUGACCCGCCUGUCAAUCACCAACCAGACGUACAGGAAGCCGCACCUGUCUCUGUGAGGUCACGUAGACACUUCCUGUUGUUUGUACUUAUAAAGGGUGAUGUCAUCACAACAUGCCAAGUGGCCAUCGUGAUCUAGUAAGUGCUAUGAUCUUCAUGAUUGUGAAACAUUUGUGUGUCCGACAUUCAUUUGCUUAAAAUAGGGCUGUCUUUUUUUUAAAUAAGAUGCAUCACUUUUUGGAAUUUGGUUGAAUCAUGAUUGUACGAUUAAAAAGACCCAGAUAGUAUUGUCAGAAUGUAAAGCAGGAACAUUUUUAAACGUUUUGUCAUUCAUUUUUUUACAAAACUUGGUAACUGUUUUGUCUAGUCCAGGGGUCGGCAACCCAAAAUGUUGAAAGAGCCAUAUUGGACCAAAAAUACAAAAACAAAUCUGUCUGGAGCCGCAAAACAAUGAAAAGCCAUAUUACAUACAGAUAGUGUGUCAUGAGAUAUAAAUUGAAAAAAGAUGACCUAAAGGAAACUAAAGGAGCUCAAAUAUAGCUACAAAUGAGGCAUAAUGAUGCAAUAUGUACAUAUAGCUAGCCUAAAUAGCAUGUUAGCAUCGAUUAGCUUGCAGUCAUGCAGUGACCAAAUAUGUCUGAUUAGCACUCCACACAAGUCAAUAACAUCAACAAAACUCACCUUUCAUGCACGUUAAAAGUUUGGUGGACAAAAUGAGACAGAAAAAGAAGUGGCAUAAAACACGUCCUAGAAAGUUAUACAUGUAAACAAACUAGGGUGAGUUCAAGGACCGCCAAAAUUAGUAGGACAAAACAGCGCUCGCCAAAUACUGGAAUCAGUGAAGCAUGUUUAAUAUAAACAGUGUGCUUUAUAACAAUUAGGGAGGUUUGUGUCAUGUUUGUCCUCCUACAGAAACCAUAUUAAAACAAAAAAUAGAUUUUUUUCCCCCUCAUCUUUUUCCAUUUUUCAUACAUCUUUGAAAAAGCUCCAGGGAGCCACUAGGGCGGCGCUAAAGAGCCGCGGGUUGCCGACCCCUGCUCUAAGGUUAUUUCAGGCUGUAUUUUGGAGGCAAAUAUGCCGGCGAGUCUCCUCACUCAUGUUUCAUGCAUUGACCGUUUAGCAUUCAAGGUCAAGGGGAUUUUACGGUGAAAAUAAAUGUAAUCUAUGUGUGUACAUGAACAAUGCAAUAUGUUUUGUGAUUAAUCACCAGUUAAUUCAUUCAUUUUGACAGCCCUCCUUCAAAAUAUACAUUAAAAAAAAUCUUCCAUAAAAGGAAAAAUGUCAUUUUAGGGAGGAGCAUUUCUGACUUUGUAUGUAAAAUGUCGUUUAAGUUAUUAAAGUGUAAAUAAAAGGUGUUACAAUAUUUUCCCUAUCCAUGUCGUUGAUUGGACACCAGGGGGCGCCAACACUUAGACGAUACAAUGAUGGAAUUUCAUUUGCACACAAAACGAAUAAAUAUAUUUUCAAAGGCGUGUGCGUGAAUAAAAGUGUCCUGCUAGGAAUCAUUCCGUCACCUCACUGAGGAAAUAUGAGUUGUGGGGUCACGUGACCUGAUCCAGGAAGAGGAAGUUGCCUCCCGAGGGAAGAGUCGACUUGUCAAAGUAAAUGUCAAAAGAUCCAAAUCCAUAUUUAAACUUCAUGUUUGAAGACGUGACUCCUCACUCGCAUGAAUAGUUCAACACCUGAUAGUCAUGUGACAUCUUGUCUUGAAGACUGUUGGCCUU